CGUUUCGGAUGCACUUUCCGGGAGCAGCAGCAUCAGUCCGAGAGUCCGAGGUAUCGUCGCGUUGAAGUGUGAAUCCAGCCCCCCAAAAAAAAAAAAGAAAUCAGCACUGUUUUUAAAGCCAUCGUCACUUCCGGGAGUGGCACAAGUGUUACGAUUCGAUUGUUGAAUGAGUGUUACCUCGAUGGUGGUGAAUAGCAAGCGGAGCAAGGAGAUAUAUAAAUAAAUUUGAAAGUGUUGCUUUUUAGAGAGAGCGAUUUUUUGAGUCGGUGGCAGAGUCUGUGUUAGUUGAUUGCGUUGCAAGAUUUCCGAGCACGGUGGUGAGAAAUUGAUUUGUGCGAUUAAUGGAAUUGUGGGGGUGAAGUGGAAAAUCGUUAGCGUAACCAACGGUGGUUCGUUUCGGCCGGUCGGAGUGUCACCAAUAAAAAGAGGAAAAAUUCCGAUGGAUAUGUGAAUGGAUGUGCUUUCCCGCUCGAUUGUGAUUGUGUGCGUACGAUUGUCUGCUGGCCUCCGAAACGGGGUUUCGGAGAAAUAAGAGGGAUAACGACUGUCACAACCAGAAGCUGUAGUUUGACACAUUGAAUACCGCUCAGCGGGGGAUACUAAAUAGACAUAACUACGAGGAGGAAUAGCCAGCGGGAGCGAGUAAAACGAACCGUUGGGUGGAUUUCCGAGAUAUUCAUUUCAUCGGCGGGAGGCAAGACUACGUAAAUUGGACAAUCAUUAAAAUUGAACUGAAAUACGUCGCAGCAUCCGUUGACAUUGGCGUCUGCCAGGAUAACAACCUAUGUUGCUUGCUUGAAUACACAAAAGGGACCCCUCGGGUAUCAAGGUAUCAAACUGCGGAAAACCACGUGCCUAUAUGUGUAGCUUCAGGCGGAAUUGAACAUAUCUGGGAGGUUGACAGCAAAAACAAAAACAAAAACAUUCAAAACCGUGCAUCGGUGAGCACGUGGCUCCGUCUAUUGGGUUGUUUGUUUGGGCUGUGACGAUUGAAACUGAGGCACAGAAACGGAAGAGUGAACGACCGAAGAGUGUCAAUCAACGACACGUCCGAGUUGACCACAGCGGAAAUUGUGCAGCGCAAAAUAAUGGAAAUUCCCACCGUAAUGGACGGAAUGCUGAAAAACGCAAUGGCGCUGCACGAUGAUCGGUCCUCACGGAAUAGCAACAGCAGCUCGGGUUCGCCCUCGGUUAUACACGAGAAAAAGAAAAUGUUGGACAUCACGCGAGACAAACCAAUCAAGAUUGCCGUCCGUGUUCAGGUUCCGGUCCGGGAUCACCCGAAGUUUAACUUUGUCGGAAAAUUGCUCGGACCGAAGGGAAACUCCCUCAAGCGACUCCAGGAGGAAACGAUGUGCAAAAUGGCAGUUCUUGGCAAGGGUUCAAUGCGGGAUCGUAAGAAGGAAGAGGAACUGCGACUCGGUGGCGACCCACGAUACGCACAUCUGUCCGAAGAUCUGCACGUCGAAAUUUCCACCUACACGGCCCCGGCCGAAGCACACGCCCGCAUCGCUUAUGCCCUGGCCGAGGUUCGCCGAUUUCUGGUGCCGGAUUACCACGACGACAUACGGCAGGAGCAAAUGUGGGAAAUGCAAGCACUCAAUUCGGCUCAGAACGCAGCAACUAACGGCACUGGUGUGAACUGCAAUGGCACUACCACCUCCGGUACCACCAUCUCGAACGGCCACAUGAACACCAACGGCAGCGUGGCACUCAAUGGAAACAGUAUCAAUGGUAAUCCGGAAAUGAUGCACCACCACCAGAGCAGCGGUGCGGAUUCUAUCGUAUCGAACGGUGGUGGAAUCCUAUCGGCAACGGUGGCCGCGGCGGCAGCUGCGGCAUCCACCGCACCGCCAACCAGCGGUUCGGAGGUUUCCACAAGCCAGCACCACUCCCAGCAUAGCACGAAUUUAACCUCAGCCUCCUCCCACCACCACCACAUCCAGCAGCAGCAUCAACAGCAGCAGCAGCAGCAGCAGCAACAUCACCACCAUCAUCAUCAGUUCCUCUCGAGCAGCGCUGCGGAUGCAGUCGCAGCGGCCGCCACCGAUUUGAGUAAUCUGAUGCCAGUCGACGUGAACAUGACGUCGGCUAGUCACUUCGUGAACUCCCUGCCAACGACAGAUAUCGAAGCACAGACCCUGGCUUUCGUGGAAUCUGCUAACGCUUUUCUCCACCCGGCGCUGCGAGGUGUGAAAACGGUGAGCUUAGCCCGAAAACGACCACUGCUCGGUGGUCCCAGGUCCAGCAUGAACCCGACCAAACGAACCGUGAUGACACUGAUUGCCCGCGCUCGGACCGCCCAAGCGAUGCAUGGAAGCCGAUCGAAUGCUCCCAUAGGAGAACCGAUUCAGGUGAUUACAUCGCCACUAAUUCUCCAACCUCCACUCGAUCUGCUGCAGACCAGUGGCACCGGAUCGGUUCAGAAGGAAAACAUCCUGCAAGGGGCUUAAGCGCAUCGGAUAACAUUACGUGAACAGAUCACGUGGACGCACACGGGAUGAAUGAGAGCGAGCGAGACAAUGAGAGAGAGAGAAAGAUAGUCUACAUAGAUGGGAGCAAAUGAAACGACAAAAGACACUGCUUUCAAUGUGUUAGUAGGUUACAUUAGAGGCAUAUUUUCUACAGAGCUAUGCUAGCAACAGUGAUCAAUGAUAGAUAAAGAACCCGAAUAACCCGAAUAAAGUAUAUACCAGAAUACUGACAAAUAGUAGUAAACCGUGUACAUUUACGAAACACAACACACACACCCACACCAAAACACAAGGGAUGCAACCCUAAACAAGCACCAAAGAGGCGACUCACAAAGGCAAAAAAACGCAAGCGGAAGAAUCACAAACGACACAUUUUUUAAUGUUUUCAAAGGUUUCAGUCAGGCAAGAAAAAAACAGUGUACCAUAAAAUAACCCAGAAUGCAAAGCGUCAAGACCGUUGACAACCAAUUAACACCACUCACCGCUCACAACGACGACGACGCAUGUUAUUGUUUUUAAACUUCCUGAACCAAAGACGCAGAAGUCAGAAGCGUGCAUAGAAAAAAAUUAAAUAAUGCAAAUUUUAGUCAAUAUUAAAAAGGAAUUUUAACCUUGUUGGGGUGGAGUGCAUAUUUAAUAAGAGGAAGGGGAAUGGUAGGGAAACAUUUUAAAUGUAUUGGCACCAACAGUUUAAGCUAAAAUAUGUUGAAGUUUGAUUAAUGGAUCUGAGAAGAAUUGAGUAUUUUAUAGAUAAAGAAAAAAAAACUAGUCAAAAGGGAAGCUCGUUUUGUUAAAUGAACAGUGAUCAAACAACGAGCAAGAAUAUUCAUAAAAACAAACUCCACCAGAGUAAAUGAAUCAUAGUUAUGAAUUUUAUAUGGGCAAUAUUAAACAUUAUAUUUUAUAUGAAAAUUGACAUACUGCAAACCGAGAUGUAAUUAACCAAAGAACGUGGAAGAGAAUAACAACAGAGUAUAAACAAGUAAACGUAAAUUGCACCGACGCCAGAUUUUUUUUCAGAUUGGUGUUGACAAAAGUAGCUAAUAUAACAAUAAGGUUGAGAAACAUGUUUACUUGCUCAAAUUAAAAACACUGGAACUAUAACACAACAUUAAAAACAAGCACUCAUUGAAGAAAGGCAACAUUUAAACUCACCCAAAUCUAAACCUAACUUCACUUGGCUUAAACUAACAAAGUGUAAUUUUAGAUGUAAAUCAAUCGUUAUAUUUUCCGGUUAAAUAAACGACAAAAGCGGAGGAAAGCUUUCGCACGUCAUCGACGGAAGGGACGAACCGAAAGUGGAUCACAAAAACAAUAUCGUUAAAAUGAAACGAGACGAGAGGAACAUUUCCACAGAUGCAAUUGCUGACACGGCCGGAAAAAAGUGGUGGGGAUAAAGGACUUGUGUGCGGUACGUACAAAUCGAUUCUCGCUUCGUUACGAUGUUGUUCGGGGAAAAUAUUAUUUUCUUUUAUUACCAUCGCUCCUCGAUGCUACGAAGACUGACGGCUGCUGCUGAUGAUGGGGUGGGUGUUUUUCUAAAGUCAUGAUUUUAUUCGGUCAAUAAAAUUUGUCCUAGUAGUGGGGAAAGUCGGUGACGAAGGAAAUGGAUCUUGCGGUCUUUUAUGAUUGUGAGUCGUGAUGGACUGUGUGCGCGCUCUGAUUGGUUGAGGUCAGAGAUGUGGUUGAGUUAUUGACGAUAUUAUGUGUUUUCACUAUCCAUAUCUUUUUAUUGAUGCGUAACCGAAUGCUUGAUCAAAUGUUUGGGCAAACCAAAAGUGUUCUAUAAUCAAUUAUAUUGUUUUGAGUCGUAUGUAAUGUGGCUUUUCAGACAGUUGACUAACAGUAUAGAUAUACAGAAAUGAUUGAAACUAGAGAUGUCUGGUAGUCAUUCGAUUAAUCUAAUCCUCGAAUACUUCCUACAAAAAUCUAUUAUUAAUCGAACGAUUACUAUGCAACCGAUAAUCGAAGCGAACGAAUAAUUCAUCAAGAUCAUUUACACAAUCCACUCUGACCAACUUCUAUAAGACCACCUUGAAUAUAUUAGGCUGUCAAAAAAGUCCUGCGGUAUUAUUUUUGAAUUUUCAUUUGUUCAUAAAAUUAGUUACAAUCAUCUGUUUUGAGUCAAAUAUGCGCCGUUUUGUUCGAUGACUUGUUCCCAACGAGAUGCCAACUUCAUAAUACCCCCGUUAUAGAAGCUCGCUUCCUUAUUGGCAAAAAACUCGGAUAGCCAAUUUUCACAGACCUCUUUUGUGGCUAACUUCUGACUACCUAGCUCCUUCGCCAUGGAUAAAAACAGGUGGUAGUCACUUGGUGCAAGGUCCGGACUAUACGGCGGAUGCAAAAGAACCUCCCAUCCGAGCUCCCGGAGCUUCUGGCGCGUCACCAAAGAAGUGUAUGACCUGGCGUUGUCCUGAUGGAAGACAAUGCGGCCUCUGUUUAUCAAAGAUGGCCUCUUCUUCAUGAGUGCUACCUUCAAGCGGUCCAGUUGUUGGCAGUACAGGUCCGAAUUGAGCGUUUGGCCAUAGGGAAGCAGCUCAUAAUAGAUUAUUCCUUGACAAUCCCACCAAACACACAGCAGAACCUUCGUGGCCGUUAAUGAGGGCUUGGCCACCGUCAGAGCCGCUUCAGCGAACUUCGACCACGACCGUUUGCGCUUCACGUCCUCGUAAGUGACCCACUUUUCAUCACCAGUCACCAUCCGCUUCAGAAACGGGUAGUUUUUGUUGCUAUUUAGCAGCGUUUCACAUGCGUCGUUACGGUUAAAGAUGUUUUUUUGCGUCAACGUGUGUGGCACCCAUACAUCGAGCUUCUUUGUGAAUCCAAGCUUCUUCAAAUGGUUAAUAACGGUUUGAUGACUUAUCCCCAGCUCUUGGCCGAUGCAACGGCUGCUACUAUGCCGGUCUUUCUCGGCUAAUUCAGCGAUUUUGUCACAAUUUUCGACGACAGGCCUUCCGGAGCGUGGCGCAUCAUCGACGACCUCUACACCAGAACGAAAACGUUGAAACCAUCGUUGUGCGGUGGAAAUGGAAACUGUAUCGGGUCCAUAAACUGCACAAAUUUUAUUGGCAGCUUGAGAUGCAUUUUUGCCUUUAUCAUAGUAGUACUGUAAAAUAUGUCGGAUUUUCUCUUUAUUUUGCUCUAUAUUUGCGACACUAUGGGCCCUAUUAUAGAAAUCGAAUCGAGGAUUCGAUACAAUCACUAUCACUAUCACACCGAGUAAAAUCUGGAAUUAUAGAAAUCGAGGAAAACAGCUCGAUUCGUUACUCUGCUCGAAUGUCAGUGGCAGUAAUGAAAUAUUUUGAAACGAGUUUGAAAUGUUUCACAAAGCACUACGGAAAGGAUGCCAAAUCUUUUUUUGAGACAUCGGCUAUGAAAAUUUUAAAUAUCUGUAUUUCCAAAAGUGUUAACCCAUUAACGACCAAGCGGUAAACAUUUUUUUUUAACGAGAGCCAUUGGUGUAAUUUUGAUUAUUGACGUUACAGAAACCCCAAUCUUCAAGAAUUAUUUUUUUUCCGUUCUUCCGUUUCCCGGAAAAUGACAAAAAAUCAAAAAACGCCAAACAAAAACAUUGGCCAAUACCUACGUUUUUGUUCCUAUGUGAGGUUCAAUCCAAUGCUUUUAUUCCUACAACACAAUGUGUGAUCUUUUAUCAAAGUAAUAUUCUAGAAAAGUUUACAUAUUUUCAUAUUUGGUAAGGCUUUGUUUUUUGUUAGGAUAUGUGAGGUUAUGUACUUUCCACACAUAGUUUUUUUUUUUUUAUCUUCGCUUAUUUUUCGUCGGCCUAUUUCCGCCACUUCAGUGCCAAUCACCGACAUCAGGGAGGCGACUCCACCUGUUCCUACCUAUCAGACUCAACAACUCAUGAGCCGGGCCAACUUCUUUUACUUCCCCUCCGAAGGAAGACGUAACCAGAGAUUUUUCGCCUCAGAAAAUCCCAACGACGCCAGCUGGGAUUGAACCCGGGCCGAUCGGAUUGUGAGGCUGUUACGCUAACCACACAACCACUGGCGCCGUCAGUCCACACAUAGUUGCUUCGAAUCGAUUUUUAUGCCCAAUAAAGUGAUACAAAUUUGAAUGAAAUUGAUAGUAAGUGGUAGCUAAUAGAUUAAGCUAUCAUUUGAUGCCAAAGCCUUACCAUAGAGUUGCUUUCCAAAGCCAUGAAAAAUUAUCGAAGUUACUGUUCGAUUUUUCGAACGCUUGGCAUAAAACGGGUUAAUGUUUUGGAGAAAACUGAUAUUCCCUCUACGAAUGAAGCUUAAUGGGUGUAAUGCAUGCAUGGAUGUGUAAUAAAAAUGACUUCAUGGAACAAUUUGCUUUACAAAAAAUAUAAUUAUUAGAAAAUGAAAUGAAUUCCGUAAGGAGUCACGCAUGAAUUCCACUUUUUUUAGCAAAACAAUUUUUACGUAGAACUACGUCUUUCAUUAAGGGUGUCAAAUCAGAAAACAGGUCACGUUUUUAUGAAAUAAAGUUAACGUUAGUAACUAUUUUUGCCGCGAACGGAUUUUGGCGAUUUACAUACUAAACGAAUCGGAAAUUCCGUAAGAUUUGUUUAAUAUACUAUACAAUAGAAUCCACUGGUUAGUAAAUGGUUAAAAUUCAUGAAAACUUUAAGUGUUUCUAUUUUCUCAUACAUUUGUUCUGUCCAUUUGAGUGCUUUCCCGAACAGAGAUAUCAAUAACGAGCAACUUAUCGACAACCAACGGAAGGGAAAUCGUAGGAUUUAAGGUCACCGUGAACAAAGGAAAAGAAGAAGAAUGAAGGGGAAUACUUGCCUAGAGUAUAAACAGUGGAUCUCGCUGAGGCAAACUUUCAUUCGGCAUCGGACUGUUGAGUAAUCCAGUUCACUUUGCUUUCGCUGCGCUUCGAUCUAAGAAUGGACCCCACCAGUGGUAAUCCAAAUUGGAAAUCGUCGUUUGAUUUUUCGGUUCGUUUUUGGCGUUAUUCGUAUCGUGUGUUUUUCUUUCCGCGUCAUAAAUUGGACGCUGUGUGAUGAGUAAGAAGAAGAGGAAGGCAGGCUCGAGCCCUGCAAAAAACGAACGCAUUGCCAGGGGCAAUCAAAUUUCGAGGUAAGCGUCAUCUAAUGAUGCACGCGAUGUUGGUGCAGUGAAUAGCGCUCGCACUGAACCGAGCCUUCGCGAAUGUGACACCGCACCGAACAACAGCGAAGUAGGCGAUUUCGGCGCGUCGGUCGAAAAUGUUAACGCCCAGGCAGCAACCAAAAUCAAGCUCCCCCCGCUGGUGGUGAAGGCGGUCGCUCUUGACAAACUCAUCAGCGAAUUCGCAUCGAUGGGUGUUACAAGCUGUGUGGCAUAAUUCAGUCUUUUUCCAAGCAGUUAACAUUGUUUUUUUUCCGUCUUCAUAAGGGCUUCGUUGGUGCCUUUGAGAAUGCAUCAAUGCAUUAAACUGACGUUAUGGCGAAGCAGACGUUAAGGUUGUGCACCAAAAAAUUAUUUGGGAAUACCAAGCAUCUUGAAUGUCGUACUGGAAUGUUAUAAGUUAUUUGGGUUCGCGUGCCAGUCGUAAAACUGCCUUCAACUAGGACUGCAUUUGCGCUAAUAUUGAUCAUAAUGAAGCAUUGCUACUGUUUUCGAGGUUGUUAUUAACAAAAAGAGUUUAUUUCUCUUGUUUAGUCAUCAAGAAAGUAAAUGUUCUGGAAUUUUGUAUGUGAUUAGGUUUUGCUUGCCAGUAGCAAAACUUCCUCCACUAAGGAAGACAGCUGCGCUUAUCUCGAGCAUGAGAAAGUAAUGCAACUCUUUUCGAGACCAGUAAUAUUAACAGAAGCGUUUCUUUUGAGAAUAGCGCAAAACGAUGAGAAAUGUUUAUAUUGCUAGUAGUUUCAAGCCACCAAUGUAUGGCUCUGUAUGCAUGCUAUGGUGAACGCUUGUUUGGCGCUUGGUUUACGCUUAGUUUGUACGAACGAUCUCUAGAGGUGCGAUUCCUUUGAGGCAAUACUAAAUAACAUGUAGCAUGAUAUUUGAUACUUGCAAGUGUUGUCAUUGUUGUUAUUUACAUGCGGUUUUUGACAAAUAAAAUUUUUUUAGAUAACUGUAAAUCUCGACGUGUCAUGCAAUUUUAAGACAUUUGGCAUCACUUUUUUUCUUUGAAAACCUCGAUUUUCGGUGAUUUUUCGUUUUUCAAACAAACUCAAAUUUCAACGUUUGUGACACCAGUAAAUGAAGCCCGAAUGAGCUAAAAUUUUGCAUAGGGUAUAUUAUCGUGCAAAUCAACAUUUCGUAGCAAGUUCCGAAUGAAAAAUCGAGAUAACUAUUUUCAUUGGCACCCAAAAUCAUACUUUUCGUCCCAGAAUGCCGAUUUUUGACAAAAAAAAAUUUUUUCGAGAUGACACUACAUCUCGGCGUUUCAUGCAAUUUUAGGACAUUUUGCAUCAAAACAUUUCUUUCGAAAACUCCCCACUUUACUCCCCCCUUGGCUGGUUUUUCUAUUUUCAAAAAAAACUCAAACUUUGACCGCUUUGCGCCACUCUCCCUUGAGUCCGAUUGAGCUGAAAUUCGGCAUAGGGUAUUUUUUCAAGAUGGUGAACAUUUUGUAUAGGGUAAUUUUUUGAAAUUUUAGGGUCGAUUUUUUCCCAACAUUCAUUGGCACCCUAAUGUCCAUGUUCUGAUUGUUGUCCAAUAGUUCCAAGAUGUUGUAGAUGCCAGAACGGGCGUAUCCGGCGUCCACAAUGUGCCGCACGAUGUCCAUUUUCGACGCGGCGAGGUACCGUUCUUUGAACGCGUACACUUCUGAACGGAGUGGCGUCACUGUUUUCGCCAUCACGGUUAGAGUUCGACUGAUAGAGCUGUCAAUUUUUUUCAGCUGACUCAUGGGUUACUAUGAUUGGGUAGUUUCUUCAGUGCGUAAACCCAUGAAAUAGCGGCAAUUUUUGUCCAUUUUUUCAAUGCAAACGUUAUUGGUUUGUUAUUGAAAUGAAAUGAAAUAUAAAAAGAAAAAAUACAUGAAUAAUUUUGUUUUUAUUAUGUGUCUUUUAGAUACAAAUAAAUAUAAUUACAAUACAGCGGAAUUAGUAAAUCCGAGUUGUUCGAAUCGACGAUUCGAGUUCAGCGUAGAACGUUGAUACCUCCUUGCCGCGGAUAAUUUUUCCCCUUGCAGUGGAAAGCAGUAUUAGAUGGUCAAGUUAUUUUGGUGUGAGACGACAGUUUAACGGAAAAGAAAAAAGAAUCAACAGUGAUGUAGUUUCCUUUCACAAAUUAUUCCGUAUUUUCAACCAAUAAACUAUAGGCGAGGGAAGGCAGGCCCGGAAUGUUGGUCAAUACUAGGUCGAUAAAUUGAUCAUCCAUUUCAAUCUGGGUCGUAUCGAAUCACAAAUAGUUGAAAAAUAUUCGAUUAGUUGAUGAACGAAUAACUUCAAAAAUCGGGCAUAAUUAAUUGGAACCAACUGCUUUCAGUUGAUUUUAAUUAAGAAACUAAUAUUGUCAACAAUGAUAACAUAUCGCAGUUUCCAGGGUUAACAUUCAUAACACUAAUCGACUUAAACCUAAAAUUUAAUUGGAAUUCGUUGACAGUUUUCCAACCAAAUCGUCUCCAAGAGAUGCCAGGGUGGUAUAUCACUUCGCGGUACGUCUACCCCCAAACAAUGUCUUUUAUGGCGGAAAAUUCAAUAAAUGAGAUAAUCUACAUGUUCGCCAUCAAUGUGUGCUGUAUUCGGAGUCCCCGCCAGGAAGGAUGAAAAUUCCAGCAGCUGGAAGAAACAACAGAGCUUAUCAUAUUUCAGAGCGGAACCAAUCAAAUAUUUGCAUUUAAUUAUUUUCCUACGCUACGAAACCGGAGAAUCAAAUUGUUGGGAAACAAACAAAACAGGAUUUUCCACGCGUGUUUGUAUAUGCCAACUUAGUUCUCUCAUCCCCAACGAUGCUCCUAUGAGUUUCACUUCUCCGACAUGCGGAUUCAAGUUCUGUUUUUUAAUGUUUUUUACAUUCAUAAACCCAUAAAGAACAACACAAAAACCCAAUGUUUUCUGCAGUGCAAUCGAAUUCUCCCACCACUCCUAAUCCGAAUCGACGGUAAAAAGAAAAACAACAUGUAUAUCAAGGAAACCUGACUCCGCUUUUGUCAAUAAUCUAAAAAAUACGAACAAAACACAUUAAAUUCAAAAUUAUGCUUAAACUUAAAUGUGCGUAACGAGCAGGUCAAUAAUAACGUAGUUGAUAACAUUCCAAUUGAGUAAAUACUAAUGACAAAAAAAUAAGUGUGUUCCGGUAGAUCAUGACCAUUAAAAAGACCUAUUAAAAUCCGCACCUAAAUGCAACAACAACAACAAUCUGUUCACUAUUAGUGUCUGUCGAGUAAUAAAAAAAAAAAAGCUGUGUCUCUAAUUGUAUAAAUCGUAAACGGAACACUUCGAUAAAUACCGCUGAUUCGGAACACAUCGCCGCUGUUUAAUGGAAACGGAAUAUUUAAUUGAAAUUAAAAUCACCGAAAGGAAAUGAAUAAAUUAAUUAUUAAAAAUAUAUCCCUUACAUGCUGGAAAAAAGAAUAUUGCAGUGAAAAGGUGAAACGAGCAUACCGAAGCCAAAAAAUAAUAAAUGUCAAUUAAUGCAGAACGAAAAAGAAUAUCCUUUCGGCAGGAUCAGCAACAAAUAACAGCGGCAGAGAGAGAGAAUGAGAAUCAGUAAAUGUAAUUCCGAAAAAAACCUGUUCGAUGGGGUAUGUAUAUGUGUGCGCCAUGAAUAAAAAGUAGCCAAAAAAAGAGCAUGUAGCCCAUAAAUAAAUGAUUAAUCCGAUAGGAUGUUAACAGCAGAAAUGCAAGCACGGAAAACAUACAAACGAUAGUCAUAAAAUUAAAUUUCAAUAUUACACAUCAUUCAAGUAGGUCAGAUGGGAGAAUGGAAUCAGUGUUGCCAGUUGUUGUUGGUGAAUCUGGUUCAACUUCCACCACCCGCUUGGAUAAUGGAUUUAUCAAUACAAAAGAUUCAAAUUGCAUGAUGAAUAUAAACCGCAGUAAUUCAUUGAAAAUAUACACUGAUAUAAAAUGAAGCAAAUUAUAAACCAAAGUAAUGCUUGUUGUUAGUUUAAAUGAAACAGAUUUAAAAAGCAAGGCUGUUGGCUAAAUUUCGCACACCAAUCACGGUGACGGCGGGAAUUCACCAGCAGCCGCCAUAAACGUAGAAUCGAUUCAAUAAAUCCGCAUGUUUUAAUUUUCGAACAAUUCAA